UCCUCCACAUGAAUCUGGAAGCUAUAAGCUGGAUUGAUUGCAAAUGAAGUGUAAUGCAUUGUGGGACGUUUGUAAAAUUGGAUCAUUCGAGGGAGAGAACGAACGGACCGACAGCUUGCUUCCUAGAAGAGGUAGCGGCAAAAUGUUUCCAGCCUGUGCUCAAGCUGUGUGCUUAAUGUUUUGAUGUAGAAAGAAGAGCAGCGGUGAGGCCUGUCUCAUGCAGCUGGACAAUUAGGCACCAGGUAGCCUCAGAAUGAAGAAGACUCGGAGUACAACCUUACGCCGGGCCUGGCCUAGUGCUGAUUUUUCCGACCGGGCCUCGGACCGCAUGAGGUCCCGUAGUGAAAAGGACUAUCGCCUGCACAAACACUUUCCACCAGCUUUCAUUUCCCAGGCAUCACGGGGCUAUAUGACAUCAGGUGAUGUGUCACCAAUCAGCAUGUCUCCAAUCAGCCAGUCACAGUUUAUUCCUCUCGGGGAAAUCCUCUGCUUGGCCAUCUCUGCUAUGAAUUCUGCAAGAAAACCUGUCACGCAAGAAGCACUAAUGGAACAUCUGACCACUUGCUUUCCAGGUGUUCCAACCCCAAGCCCUGAAAUCCUCCGGCACACACUGAACAUGCUUGUGCGAGAGAGGAAAAUCUACCCUACUCCCGAUGGAUACUUUAUAGUUACUCCACAGACUUAUUUCAUAACUCCAUCCCUUAUAAGAACUAACAGUAAAUGGUAUCACUUGGAUGAGAGGAUACCUGACAGGUCUCAGUGUACCUCUCCACAACCAGGAGCUAUAACACCUUCCCCUUCAGGAUGUGUCAGGGAUCGAACUCUCUCCAAAAACCACUGCGACUCCUGUCAUUGCUGCAGAGACGAUAUGCAUAGCAUCCAUGCGUCCACCCUACAAAGGAAAUCGGCUAAAGACUGCAAAGACUCUUAUUGCACCCCUUCCAUGUGCCAGAUACCCCCUACUGAGAAAAGCAAAAGUACCAUAAGUUAUUCUUAUAAAACAGAAACCCUCACAAAAGCUAAAGAUGGGGAAAAGCCAUCUAAAAAAUUUGGUCUGAAAUUGUUUAGGCUAAGUUUUAAAAAGGAUAAGGCCAAACAGCUGGCCAAUUUUUCUGCCCAGUUCCCUCCAGAAGAAUGGCCUUUAAGAGAUGAGGACACCCCAAAUACUAUUCCUCGAGAAGUAGAGAUGGAAAUCAUUAGACGAAUCAACCCAGACUUGACAGUGGAAAAUGUCGUAAGGCAUACCGCACUUAUGAAAAAACUUGAAGAAGAAAAAUCUCAGAGGAGCAAAGCUGGGUCAUCCGCUCAUCAUAGUGGCAGAAGUAGGAGGAGCAGGACUCACAGAAAAACUCAUGGAAAAUCUCGGUCGCACAGCAAGAAUAGGGCUUCCAAAGGUGACCCCUCUGAUGGUUCCCACUUGGACUUACAUGGAGAAAGGGAGUAUGAGUUCUAUAACCCUCGGAACCGGUCACCCAGGGAGGGUUGUUUCAUAAUGGAACGCAAAGGGGGAGAGAAUUUUGUUGUUCAUAGCAAUCCAAACAUGAUAGAGUCCCAUUUUCCAGUUACACCAGAAUGGGAUGUAUCUGGUGAACUGGCCAAAAGGAGAACUGAAAUGCCUUUUCCUGAGCCUUCAAGAGGGAGCUCCCAUUCCAAGGUUCAUCGAAGCCACAGCCAUACACAAGAUAGAAGGUCAAGGAACGAAAGAUCAAAUAAAGCCAAGGAAAGAUCAAGGUCAAUGGACAAUUCAAAGGGACCUCUAAGUGGUGCUUCUUUAGGUACACCGGAUGACUUGGGCGAAGGCUUAAGCCUUGAUGAUAAGACACCAAGCCAGUCCUUUAUUGAUGAUGGUACUUUACGACCAUCUCAUUCUCUAAGUCAUCAAAGAACUCUUUCCUACAAAGACCCAUGCAUUGAAUUAGCUAGUGGUGGUGCAGACACCCCCAAAUCGUGUAGCCUAAUAGAACAAGGUAAACUUCCAGAGACUUUAUCCUCCUACAACGAACUAAAUUCUUGCUCCAAAAAAAAUGCUGAUGACUAUUUUCAGUGCAACACAUCUAGCGAAACAAUUCUCACUGCUCCAUCCCCUUUAGGGAAGAACAAAGAGGAUAUUGACAUACCAAGCCUUUCAGAGGGCUUGAAAAGGCUAUCUCCUUCCGAGAAACCACAGCAACACAAUGCGAGAGAACAAGGCGAAUUCAAGGAAGAGUCACCGAAAGGUACAAUUAGUGGUCUGUCAAUUGCUGCUUCUGGUCAAACCCCAGAGGUGAUUGCAAAUGGACGAUUGGUUCCCCAUCACAAUGCAGAAUCAAGCAGCUUAGACAAAAGGAAAGAAAUAUUCAGUAAAGAUACUCUGUUCAAACCUUUGCACAAUAGCCUAUCUGUGAACAGUUUUCAUAAAUCUGGUGUGAAUUUGCUGAAAACGCACCAAAAGACUUCUCCAGAAACACUGCCAGCAAACAUUGAGAACUUUGAGCAACCAAUUACCACCUCAGUUACCCAAAACCUUGCGGUCUCACCGAGGCCACAGGAGCCAACAGGAACCCAAGAAGCCACUUUCGAUUAUUACAAUGUCUCUGAAGACGAUGAAUCAGAGGAAGGGACACAAAAGACAACAGAGGAAGAAAAGAACAGAGAUGAUGUGGGUACAAUGCAGUGGCUGUUGCAGAGGGAGAAGGAAAGAGAUUUGCAAAGGAAGUUUGAGAAGAACCUCACUCUUUUGAACCCAAAGGAAACCGAAAACAGCAACAGCCAGAGAGCCACACAUUCGGCUCGUCUGGACAGCAUGGACAGUAGCAGCAUCACUGUAGACAGCGGAUUUAACUCUCCACGUACCCGCGAAAGCCUGGCUUCCAAUACUUCAAGUAUUGUUGAAAGUAACAGACGUCAGAACCCAGCUCUUAGUCCUGCUCACGGAGGCGCCGGUCCAGCAUUUAACUUCCGAACAUCUGCUGCAGAAACGACGACAACCGAUGCUGAUAAAUUACAGAAACCCACUAACUGUUUGCAAGCCUCUGUAACUAGUGUUUGAUAGCCGGUCAGCCUCAAAUUGUGUCCUGUCUCAUCCUCUACAGCAAAGUUUACUACACUGGGACUGAUGUUUACACCUAUUUACAAGCAAGCCUCACAACCACAGUUUUUGUGUAUUUCUAAAACUGUGCUGCUAAUUAGCCCGGGGGGGGGGACAACGAGAAUAUAAUUCCAACCUUUUCUUUGGUUUAAUAAUAUUUUGUUUGUUUUUUGUUUUUCCCCAUCAUUUGCUUUUCAAACUGUACAGCUCUUUAGUACGUGAAUAACAAUAGACGUGAGGUGUAACUUAUUCUCCAUAUUACUGUAAGAGAGCACAUAUAUAUUCAGAAGUCCAGACACUGUAUUCUGCAUUUCCAAUGCCAUACAGUACAGAGCAGAGAGCUUUAUUUAAGGUAGCGGUGCAUGCUAGAGUAUGCAGGACUCUUAAUUUAAACCCCAUCUAGCAACAUCUACGUUCAUUUAGGUGAAUUUGCCUUGAAUGCCAGAGGGGGUUCCCCUUAAAUCUCUGGCAUUCACGUAGGGGUUUUGUGUUUUUUUUAUACUUUUAUUCUGUAGUACAUACCAGAAUAGCACCCAAUGUCCAUAAAACUUGUGCUAAACAAGUAAAAGAUAUAACUGCAUAUCACACUGCAAUAAUGUUUGCUACAUCCAUGACCUUUCCACGUUCUUUGCUCUGUGUAGACCUCGAUAUCACUAGGUUAUAUUAAAACAUUAAAGUACUGUACAAGUUGUUCAGGGCUAUGCAUGCAGAACACAGAAAGAGAACUGUGCUGUUCCUUAACGAAACAAUACAACGAUCACCUUCUAAAACAUAGUAUUAGUGCAGGCCAGCUAAGAAGAUUUGAGUAGCAUGGCCUGUAGAAACAUUACAUGGAAUGCACUCGGCACUGCUGCUUUAUUUCAAUUCCACAGCUAAACGGUGCCACCAUAGGUGAAAAAAACCUGUUACACUAUGCCACAAAUAUCAUUUGUAAACAUAAUAUCAGAGUUUACAACAAUCGGUAGCCCUCAUCAAAAAGAAUAGUGCCAAACCUGAUUCUUGUGAAUUAUUAAAUCUUUUAUUAUAUUUUUUAAUAACUGUAUGUAGCAGAAAAUGUGUUAAUAGCACAUAGAGGGUAUCUGAAAGUAUUUUUCAAAGGUCAGAUUUUUAGAACAAAAAAAAAUGUGAAAUUUGUUUGUGAAACUACCCAUGGCCAAUAACAUCAUCAAGUAGAGCCUUUCAGCAAAAACAAAAUGAACACUCCGUAGCCCGCCAUGCAAUAGUGCAAGAAGAACUUGCUUAUGAAAAUCUUUCUCCCGUUAUAAAUCAGUUUCUCCCAGCCCUCCAGUGAUACUCCAGAGUUUGAUAGGAAUAUACGUAUAUAUAAAAAAAAAUGGUUCCUUUUUUGUUUAAAAAAAGGUUGCUUCUUGGAACAAAAAAAGGCAAGUUUGGCCUGACUAUAUGAUUUCUUUCAAAUGGAAGGAUGUAUUUUAAUUUUAUGUAGCUUUGAUUGUAAUGCCUAAAUUAGGCUUCUCAAAUUAAAAAAGGAUUUGUGGUGGUUAUCUAUAGAACAAAGUAUUAAAUAUUGCAAAC